CGCUUGAUCCUUUUUGUUUCACGUCCACCGAGCUUUGCUACCAGAUCUAGAACCAUGGCUGUCCUUAUCUUGCCUCUACUCGCCCUCUCCUGCUAUUUCGGCCCCGUGCUGGCUGCCUCGCUCCGGGUUUCGGUGACGCCUUCCAACAUUCUUCCCAAUCCUAACGUCCUGCCAGCCUCGACGCAUGCUGUCUUAACUUCAGGCUCUGGACAACCAGUUCGGGCUGUCCUGCGGAAGGGCAACUACUUUGAGUUCCCGGAAAUCUCCACUACCGGAUCACAUCUUCUCGACAUCUAUAGUCACGAUUACGUCUUCGCACCCUACAGGAUCGAUAUCUCUCCCUCGUCCUCCGACCCCGCCGGUACCGUCAUUGCAGGAGCUUGGGAAACAUACCGUGGAACACGAUGGGAUGACCGAGGCGUAGCUCUAGUAGCUACCCCUACUGGGCAAUUGGACAUGUCUGCCAAGAUUCUGUCGAGGAAGAACUUUUAUGAACAGCGCCAGGGUUUCAACCCUUUGAGUCUCCUGAAGAAUCCUAUGAUCCUCAUGGCGGUCGUGGCUCUUGCCUUUACGUUUGGGAUGCCCAAACUGUUGGAGAACAUGGACCCCGAAAUGCGCGCCGAGUACGAAGAGAUGCAGAAAAAGAGCCCCAUGGGCGGUCUGACGCGCGCCAUGCAAGGCGGAGGGGCUGGGUCUGCGGCAGAGAACUUUGAUCUCGCGGGCUACCUGGCGGGAUCUGGCAAAGGCACUGGCACUGGCACUGGCACUGGCACUGAUCGAGCCCCGGACAGCAUCCGCGAAAGAAAGCGAUAG